UCUUUCACCUCCUCUCUCCUCUCCCCUCCGCCUCCCCCGCCAUGCCGCCUCCUGCGGCCGCCCUCACGUGGUUCUCCAUUGCCACGAUUGCCGUCGCCGCCGCCGCCGUCGCAUCAUCAACGGUGGAGGGCAUCGGAGUGAACUGGGGGACGCAGAUGUCGCACCCGAUGCUACCGACGACGGUGGUGCGGAUGCUGAAGGCGAACGGCAUCAGCCAGGUGAAGCUGUUCGACGCGGACGCGUGGACCGUGGGCGCGCUCGCGGGCACCGGCAUCGAGGUCAUGCUCGCCAUCCCCAACGACCAGCUCGCUCGGAUGAGCAGCAGCUACGACAACGCCAAGAAGUGGGUCAAGGAGAAUGUUACCAGAUAUGACCACGAUGGAGGGGUCAAUAUCAAGUAUGUGGCCGUGGGUAAUGAGCCCUUCCUGAAGAGCUACAAUGGCUCGUUUCUGAACACCACCUUUCCCGCCCUAAAGAACGUUCAAAAGGCCCUGGACGAGGCCGGGGUCGGAAACCGCAUCAAGACCACCGUCCCGCUCAAUGCCGAUGUCUACAGCUCCCCAGAUAACGACCCCGUGCCGUCCGCCGGCAACUUCCGCUCCGACAUCCGCGAGCUCAUGGUACAGAUUGUUCGCUUCCUCCAUGACCACAACGCCCCGUUCGUCGUCAACAUCUAUCCCUUCCUCAGCCUCUACCAAAACCGCGGCUUCCCCGUCGACUUUGCCUUUUUUGAUGGCGGCGGCCCCACCAUCGAUGACAAGGAGGCCCACUACACCAACGUGUUCGACGCCAACUACGACACUCUUGCCUGGUCGUUGAAGAAGGCCGGCGUGCCUAACAUGCCAAUCAUCGUCGGCGAGGUAGGAUGGCCCACCGACGGUGAUAAAAAUGCUAAUGUAAUUUACGCAAAGAGAUUCUACGACGGCUUCUUUAGGAAAAUGGCGAAGAAAGAAGGGACGCCGCUCCGUCCUGGGAAGAUAGAUGUCUAUCUCUUCGGCUUGAUCGAUGAGGAUAUGAAGAGCGUUCUACCAGGAGACUUCGAGCGGCACUGGGGGCUCUUCACUUACGACGGAAAGCCAAAGUUCCCAAUGGACCUUUCUGGGCAGGGACAUGAUAAGUAUUUGGUGGGCGCCACCGGCGUGGAGUACUUGCCGGCACAAUGGUGCGUGUUCAACCGGGAUGCCAAGGACCUGAGCAGCCUGGAUGGGGACAUGGAGUUCGCGUGCUCGAGCGGCGAUUGCACGGCGUUGGUGCCCGGAUCGUCGUGCAAUGGCUUGGACAAGUCCGGGAAAAUAUCGUAUGCAUUCAACAUGUACUUCCAGAUGCAGGACCAGGACGUGCGCGCGUGCGACUUCGGCGGGCUGGCGAAGAUCACUACCAAGAACGCGUCGCAAAACGGGUGCUUGUUCCCAGUGCAGAUCCUAAGUGCGGGGGUGAAGACGUCGGCAGCAGGCGCAGCCGCGGCGGCCGCGGCUAUUGGCAUGACUCUGCUGUUGCUUCUGUGAAGUAGAUUUACGUACUACUACUUCACAGUCGAAGUUGGAAAUUUAAGAGGAGGUCGAUCUCUUCAAGUUCCCUUGUUACUUCGGUUGUUUUACUUGCUUAAUUAUAUGUUAUUUCUCGUAUUACAAAGGAUCA